AUGUACACUGUCAUCAAGCAGGCUGCGACUCGGGCAGCUGAUGUUGCCAAGCAGGUGCUGCGACGGCAGAUCGACGACGAGGACGAAGUAAAGCUGCGAAAGCUUCUCAUCAAGGGCCUCAAGCACGAGCGCGGCUGGGCGGUUGCCUUUCAGGCCGCUGACAUGUAG